AUGAAAGGAAUUGUCUGGACUGCGGCUCUUUUGAUCACGACGGCUAGUGCGUUUGGCGAGCCUAAUCCAUCACACGAGCAUGCUGGCGAUGUGUUCCAAUACUUCCAUGGUUUCAGACACUGGUUCGAUGACGGAGUGAUCAAUAACGGGACACCAGCUGGCGAGACUGUUGAGCUUGGUGGUGAGAAUGUCUACCUUUCAUACCCCAGAAGAAACCAGACGGAGUAUGGUAUUUUGUACCUGACCGAUAUUUUCGGGAACGCUCUUGUCAAUAACAAGCUUCUGGCCGAUAGUCUCGCUCGGGCCGGGUACUUCGUCGCAAUGCCCGAUCUCUUCCAAGGCGAUCCCGUACCCGUUGACGCCAUGAGCAAUCCCAACUCCGGCUUCAACAUGACGGAAUGGCGCGCGCGACAUCCGCAGUCACAGGUCGAAGGAAUCAUCGAGACUGCCAUAGAGGCCGUCAGGAGUGAGUUCGGCACGACCAAACUUGGAGCUACAGGAUACUGCUUCGGCGGCAAAUAUGUCGCAAUCUUCCUCGCUGAAGGCCGAGGCAUCGAUGCAGGGUUCACCGCCCAUCCAUCGAGUGUAACGGCCGAUGAAUGGGAGUCCAUCGCUGGGCCGAUCAGUAUUGAAUUCGGGGAGCUUGACAAUUCCAAUACACCGGAGAACCGAACCAACAUCGAAGCAAUUUUUGCGGAGGGGAAUAAGACGUUUCAGACGAGUCUGUAUGCAGAUGCCGAGCAUGGUUUUGCGGUAAGGACGGACUUGACGGACAAGAAGAAGGCCUUUGCGCAAGAGAGCGCGUAUUUGUAA